AGUACUGAUGUCCCCGGCUUUCGAAGUGUUCAACAAGCUUCGGCUCGCAGGACAGCUUUGUGACGUGGUCCUCAUCGCAGACGGUGUUCAGUUCAACGCCCAUAGAGUGAUUCUGUGUGGCUGUAGCUCCUACUUCCAGGCUCUGUUCUCCAGUGACUGGAGUGAUUCAGGAAAGCGGGAGUACCAACUCCCAGGCAUUUCCCCUGAAACAUUGAGGCAGGUCAUCGAGUACGCCUACACGUACUCUGUGGUCAUCACAGCUGACAAUGUGGAGAACCUCCUGGCAGCUGCUGAUUAUCUCAGUGUCCUGGGCAUCGUGCAGCGCUGCUGUGACUUCCUGCAUGAGCAUCUCUGCCUUGACAACUGUGUUGGGCUUGUCAAAAUCGGAGAAGUCUACUGCCUCAAUGAGCUGCACCAGUCUGCAUUCAAAUUCCUCCUGAAGAACUUCAAGGAGGUUGCCAUCAACUCAAACGAGUUCCUAGAACUCACGCUCGAAGAACUUUGUGACAUCAUGGAGCGGGGCAUGAACUGAAUGUCAGAGAAGAGGAUGUGGUGUUUCACGCCAUCCUCCGUUGGAUCGAGCACGAGCCUGCCACCCGAGAGGCCCACAUUUCAGUUCUGUUGCCCAAGGCCCCUCAAUAAAGUAGAGCGGUACAACCCAGUAACCAACGAAUGGACCCAGAUCGAGCCCAUGAAUGAGAGGAGAAGCGAUGCCAGUGCCACCACCCUGAAUGGCAAGAUAUACAUCUGUGGGGGCCACAGUGGAACAGAGAGCCUUUCUACAGUGGAGUGCUUUGACCCACUCACUAACGAAUGGAGCUUGAUCACUCCAAUGAGCACUCCCCGUCACAGCCUUGGAGUCACGGCGUAUAAAGGGAAGAUCUAUGCGGUUCGGGGAAUGCCGCCACAACAGGCACCGACCACCUUACGACCACAGCUCCAGUCAGCCGCCUCCACAACGGAGGCAUGGAACAAGGCCCAUUCGGACUCAAUGUCCCCUGCGUCCUCCAGGACAUGGGAGAAGCUCUGCUGGAGGUCGGAGUUGAAUCUUCUCCUGACAUUGCAUACUUAAAAUAAAGUUUUCUCUUUUUCAUAUUA